CGUUACCAUGGAGCUUUGGGUUGACUGAUGCAGAGGACGCGCGUGCACAGAGAUUGCGUUUCUGACUAAAUAUUAACCAAAUAAAAAAGCAACAAACGUCAGAAUUGACGAGAGCUUCGUCACUCGUGCCUCUGUGAGACGGCAGAAUGCAGUUCGCUCCUCCUGUCAGCAAAAACAGGAUUAUCUCCACAUUUCCAAAGUGUUAUAACCCACAAGCCUGUCUACAGAUGAAGGAAGACUGGAGCUCUAAAGCUAAACAGACUUUUAAAGACAGAGCCACCAGGCAGCAGGGUCUGGACAGGUUGAAGAUGUCGAAAGCCGUCAUUGUUGGAGACCUGAACGUAGGAAAGACCUGCUUAAUUAACAGGUUCUGUAAAGAUGCUUUCGAUCGCGACUACAAGGCCACCAUCGGGGUCGACUUUGAAAUCGAGAGAUUUGAAAUCUGUGGGCUUCCGUUUUCUCUUCAGAUCUGGGACACUGCAGGUCAGGAGAAGUUUAAAUGCAUUGCCGCAGCGUAUUACAGAGGAGCUCAGGUGAUCAUCACCGUAUUUGACAUGACCGACAUUAAAACACUGGAAAACACCAAACAGUGGCUGACAGAGGCUCUGAACGAAAACGAACCAAACUCCUGUUUUAUUUUCUUGGUCGGAACUAAAAGAGAUCUUCUGUCUCCAGAGGAAUGCCAGAGGACGGAGAGAGAUGCAGUAAAGAUGGCGGCAGAGAUGAACGCAGAAUUCUGGUCGGUCUCCUCUAAAACAGGAGAAAGCGUGCAGCAGUUCUUCUUCCGUGUAACUGCUCUGUCAUUUGAAGACUUCGUCCUGAAGGACACAGAGCUCAGUUACAGCAUGGCAAGGAUCGGAGACGGAGACCUUAUCAAAGUGGAUAAAAGCCCAGUGGCUGCUGAGGUGAAGGCAGAGAGAAAGAGCUGCUGCUGAUCCUCUGGAGAUGUUCUGCACUACAUCACACUGAUGACCUCAGAAACAGCACAGAAACUCACAGAAACACCCAGAACCUGCUCUGAGUAACAGGAAGUAAAACCCAGGACUUUUACAGCUCCAGCUUCAUCGUGGUGUUUAUUUUCUCAGUAUUAGUGUGCUACAUUAACCACUGCCAUUGCAGAAAUUAAAUCAAAUUCAGUUUUAUUAGACAAGUUUGGAGCAGAGAAAUAAAAACCUGACUGCCUUUUCACGGAAGAUUUAAUACAGUAUUUAAUUGG